AAUAUACAUUGAGUUUGGGAUAUAUAUAAUAAUUGUAUGCAUGGGCGGUUUUAGUAAAGAGAGAUUUCAAGAACAUAUAGGUUUUUGGGAUCUAAUCAUAAUUGUGUUCCUAAAUUAUUAAUGGAUAAUUUGUUGGGUCUUCUUAGAAUUAGGGUGAAAAGAGGUAUAAAUCUUGCCAUUCGUGAUUUUCGUUCUAGCGAUCCUUAUUGCGUUAUCAGAAUGGGCGAACAGAGACUAAAGACUCACAUAAUUGAUAGAGACCUCAACCCUGUGUGGGAAGAAGACUUGACUCUAUCCAUCGAUAAUCCUAAUCUUCCUGUUGAUCUGAUGGUGUUCGAUCAUGACACAUUUACCAGGGACGAUGAGAUGGGAGAUGCAGCAAUUGACAUUAAACCUUUUCUUGAUGCACAAAAGAUGAAUCCAGAUCCAGACACGGUACAAAAUGGCGCUAUUCUAAACAAGAUUAAGCCUUCAGAUGCAAACUGUUUGUCCCAAGAAAGUUGUAUUACUUGGAAUGAUGGUAAGAUUGUUCAACAUAUGCUUAUUACAUUACGGAAUGUUGAAUCUGGAGAAAUUGAACUUGAAUUGCAUUGGAUUGACAUUCCGGGAAUGUGAUUAUCCGUCAUUGCUUCUCAUGUCUUAGAAUAUUCUUCUGUAAGAAAAUUGCGGAUCGAUUUAAGAAGGGCCGGGUUUAGCCAUGCCCGUCGAUAUUCUAUACCUUGUUGUAAGUUAUUUUUGCAGCGUAGAAUUGGUAGAAAUGGAAAAAUAAAAACAUAUAUAUUUGUAA